ACUACUGAACUAAACACUGCAAUGGGAACACCACUCAGUCGAACAGUUAUCGUGGCGUGCUUGUGAAGUGACUUUCAGCUCGUAAUCUCUCUUAAUUCGGAUUGUAUUUUGAGUGAUGUGAACGUUUAAUUUUGUUAAAAAGUGCGUAAUGAACAUGGGUGAUAUUGUGAAAAAUGAAGUGUUGACGAAUAAGGACAAUGUCGAAAACAACAUGACGAAUAACGCCAUAGCAAAGUGCACAGAUCAGAUUAAUCUCUCAGCAACGCCAUCUGGUGGCGAGAAUCGGAACUACAGUUCAAAACAAGCCGCGAAAUUAGCGGAUGGCGAGCGAUACGAAAGGAAGAAGAAAACCCGUCGAGGUAAGCCAAAAAGGAAGAAUCCCUACAACAAAGAAGAUUCAUCCAAUCGUUCAAAAUACCAGAAACGACGAUCUAUCUCUAAGUUUAGAAAUAGACAGCCAGUUGCUCCCUACAAUACCAAUCAGUUUCUUAUGAACGAUCACACCGAUCUCCAAGGAUUAGAUGAAAGACUUCUUACAAAAACAAACACAUCCGUCGAAGUCGAAGCCCCAAAUUCACCAAAUUCCGUAGGAAACCGACCUGCGAGAGCUAGGGAUUCUAGUUUUACAAGUGCUGAUUCUGUUGAAGACUUUUUUUAUUCAUCACCCGACGACGAAACUGAGUUUCUAACCAAAGAGUUUUCCAACACCUACAAAGAUCUUCACGUUGAAUCAUUGGCUUCCAUGAGCAAAGCCGAUUUAAUACAACAAUUAAUUCAGCUGGAAGAAAAGGUUGACUUUCUGCAGAAAAAAAUGAACUCCAGAAAUAAUGAUGACGACAAAAUAAGCGAGGAUGAAGCUCAAGUACGUGUGAAAUCUAAGCGCGACUAUGAAAACGAAAUAUCAAGGCUGUCAGUGAUCAAUCAACAACUGGAGGCCGAGAACGAGAGGUUACGGAAGAGGAUUCAGUCCCGAAACAGUUCUAUGGACUCAGAAACUCUAGAUUCUGAAAGUGAUAGCUCAUCUUCAUCAGCAACUUCAUCACGUACAUCAGGAAGUGGAAGGAAUUCACCCAACGUCAAAGAAGCCCCUGAAGAAGUCAUCGUGAAUGGAAAUCAUUCACUUGAAAGUUUCAUGGAAAAAGAAGAUAUGACCUGAGCAGGUACUCUCCCUAAUGUUUCCACUGUAGAAAUUAUUGUGUUGAUAUUAUUUUGUACAAAUUUUUCUGAUGAUAAGGUUAAUUUAUUUUUGAAUCGACUUCCUUGAUUUUUCCAUUAGGCUAUAUCCAAGCACCCAAGACUAAUUCAUUGAGAAUUGAGUAUGAGUAUCAAUGAUUUCUCUCUAUACUCAAAAGGUUACAAGCAUCGCAAGUUUUUUAAUUAUUACAAUUUCAAGGAUGAUUGGUAGCCUACAGAAGACGUUUUCAAAGACCUAACUUCGUUUGAUAAGGGAUAAUCCUUUUUAGUGAAAUAUCAAUUUUUCAUAAAAAAAAACUAUGACUUGCUCAGAAUUGGGCAUGAAAAAUGCUAUUUUUAUACUAUUAUAAUGUCAUUAACUUGGAUAGCCUAUAUUUGAAAUGUUUAGAAGAUAAUAAUUAAUUGAACAAUAAUCCAAAUGUUAUGUCCGAAUUCAAUACCGUAUAAUUUUUUUCAAGUUUUUCUUCUACUUAUAAUCUAAUAGUAACUGAGUUCCUUUUGCAAAAACUCAACAGUACAGUAGGUACUUAAAUUUUGAGCCAAGUCCGAACGCGAUUCAUGGCACUGUCCCAUCUUCAGCGUGAACAAGGAUUAUCUUGGUACUGGAACACGUGUUACCUUGCUUAAUACUCAAGGUUUAUCAAGGUACUCCUUCUGCUCUGAAGAUCGACCUAGCACCUUGAAACGCGUCCAUUCCUUGCUUCAAGUACUAUACUAUUGUAAAAAUAAAAGUAGUGAUCUAUUAAGUUUUUUGUUUUGAAAGAACUGUUUCUUGCGAUAUUAUUUGAUGCUGACCAUUCCACUCAAAUGUAGAUGAUUAUUUGGUUGGUGAAUUAUUAUUUUGAAUACAGUAUUAAUAACUUUGUUUUUCAAAUAUUCCGAAGAGUAGAAGAAUCCAAACUAUAUUAACAAAUAAGAUGAAAAUGAAGGAAAUGCACUAUAAUGAAAAUAUGCAUUGCAAGAUGUGAAAAUCAAAUAGGUAUCGUAGCCCACCGGCUUACAAAGGUUUAAUUGAAUGGUAGAAGUAGUAUUUAAAUUCAAAUGUCAUUUGAAAUGAUUAGUAAUCCAUUACUGUUAUAUUAUUGUGUAGACAUGUAGGCUCAGUAGUACCUAAUUAAUAUUACUCACGCUUCGCGUUAAUAUUAUUCCAAACACAUCUACUUAUUUUAUAUUACGUUGCAGAAACAAUAAUUUCUUUACAAAUAAAAUAGUAUUAUUGCCGAUAAGGAUCUAUAUUUUCAAUUUUUUGAAUAGGGAUGAUGUUUAGGUUUUUUUACUUGGUAUUGUAAAUCAAACUAUCUUUUUGCAUUUAUUAAUCCAUCUUCAUUUACGUUACCUUUAAAAAUAGGAAACUGCUGUGCUUAAAUGGAAAAUGUUUCACAUACAAAUUGCAUCAGAUUUUAUUUCAAUUUCCAUAGCAGUUAUUAAGCCAUAUGUUACCAAAUUAGAAAUCUAACGUUUGUGAUUUUCUAUAAAAAUGGUUUAAACUAUCUAAAGAAUAUAUAUUUAUGUAAAAUAUUUUCAUGUUUGUCUGUAAUAUACUGAACUACGUACAAUAUUUGCUUCAUUGAUUAGCCUAGUCUAUUUUUCUAUGAAUCAAAUGAAUAAAGUUAUGUACAUUUCAAA